AUGUCCUCGUCAGUGAAAAUCCCAACUAUCAACGCCAAUGGGCCGACCCAAGAAAAAGAAGAUACCCACAUACAACAGCUGCUGGACCAACUAAACUGCAUUCCCAAAGAUGCGGAAGCUCUGAGGAUCGACCAUGAUACCCCUUCGAACACCGAAUGGUCGCUGCUCAGCAAGCACUUCACCAGUCUGAAGGAGCUGGAGCUAGAAGCUGGAUAUAACGAAGAUCUGAAUGAUAAGAGUAUGCCGACCCACUGGCCUCUUGAACGGUUGCAGAUUUCCUCCUCUUGCGCGAGCCUGAUUGAGACUCCAUAUAUACGCGAAGGACGAGUCAAGCAUUUGGUUCUCCUGCUUACAUCCGGGCUUCGGUUCGAAGGGCCAACUAGCCAGCAGCUUUUAGAUGAGCAUAAAAGCGCUAUCAAGCGAGGAGAAGAGAAGGCGGAUUUUAUAACCCUUAACGAGGGGACGCCUGAAGAACGUAAGAUAGAAGUCACUUACCUCCCCGUGCUGGUGGGUAAGUGGUUUUUCAAUAAACAUUUUAACGGCGCAGCCAACAGCGAAGAUGGAGCACAAACCAUAUCCAUCGAACGGACUGAGAAAGUACACUUGGAGAAGUUGGAGAUUAUUGAGAAUGACGCUACGGACACUUUCAACCGGAUGGUGCUCGCCAUGCCUCCGAUUACCAUGGGGAUAACUAUACUUAACGUCCGGUCUACUUCUGGACUAGACUUCCACUACACUCCAGCAGACCUGUUCGGCCAAUUCUUGUCUCAGAUGCCGUGCCUAGAUACCCUAGCUCUAAGCAUUGGAGACGUAUACCAGGAUCCAAACUACUUGUCGGGAUUCUACAAGCUUUUUCCUUCGACUCUGAGUACACUGCGGUUCAGGGGACCGGUAUGCCUUGCCCUGGAUCCGCGGUGGGAUGAAUGGGUGGCCGCGUUUGCCAGGGAGGACUAUCUGCCUGGGUUGAAAAGGCUGAGUUUCGUGCUUGAUUUGGACUAUCCGGAGAGAGUGGACGGAGAAGAAGGCGGGGCCCGGCGCCCGGUUAAUGAAGUGUCUGUUGAGAGACUUUGUGCGGCUAAGACGGGUUGUGAACGGCUGUACGAAGUUGUAAGGAAGCGUGGGAUUGAUGUUGAGCCGUUUGUUGAUCGGUGGGCUGAGAGGAGCCGUGGCGGUUUGAAGAAGGUUGACGAGCGAACUCACGACUAA